AUGGAACAACACGUUGCUCUACUUGAAAAAUUACAAAUAUUAAAAAAAAAGAAAAUGACAGCAAAAAAAAUUGUUGAUCAACAAAAGACGACAAUCCGAGAAUUAACAGAUCAAAAUAAACUUUCAGAAAAUAAUCACAAUAUGAUUGAGAAUCUUGGAUAUUUAUUAAAACAAAUUGAUCAACAUUUUCAACAACUACAAUCUUUAACUAAAGAUGAUCAAAACAUGAACAUUAUUAAUGAAAGACUUUUAAAAGAUAUUCUGGGAGUAUCGUUGUCAUUUCAUGAAAGAACAAUUGUAUGUGACGAGAAUAAUUUAUUAGAAAAAAUAAAUCAUGCUGCAGCCGAUUUGUCAGAGUUAAUUGAAACAUUAAAACAAAUUUCAGAAGGAAAUGGGAUACAUGAAAAAUUAAAUUCAAUGAAGAUAGAUCGCAAUAUGAGUGCGGAAGAGUUAGAAAUGGUUAUAAUUAAUCAAAGAAAAGAAUUAUUUAAUUUAAGAUCAAAGCUGUCUGAAAUUUAUGCCAAUAGGGUUGUUGAAGAAGUGUCUUGUAUUACAAGUUAA